ACAUGAGAGAGUCAAACGGCGAGGCGGCCGCCGGCUGCAGCGGCAGAGGCAGCGGUCGAGACUACACCACCCCAUCUCCACGGAUUACAACAAGGAAAAUCACGCACCGACGUCUCUUCUACGCUUUUCCUCCGAUCCCUAGGAAGAGGACAGCGCACAAACACCUUUCGUGCUUCCAAGCGAACCCAAUUCUCUCAUUGCCUUAUAUAAGCCCACAGCCUCUCUGGUAUCAUGCUCUAUCCACGUUUACUCUGUUUCGGACACACAGGUAGUUGCACUUAAUUAUAUAUACCUUAACGGUGACCUAUCAAUUUCCCAAAUCAAUCAGAGAGCGAGCGAGAGAGAGAGAGAGAGAGAGAGAGAGAGGUGGAGACGAGGGCCAAGCGGCGGAGACAAUGGACGGGGUGGAGCUUCAUCACGGCUCGCUCAAGCGGCGGUGGGUCGACGAGAAAGGGACCAGCAACCUGCACACCUUUUAUCGCUCCUGCUCGGCGCUUCAGACGUCGCCGCAACUACAGCCGAGAGCUACGUCCACGUUCAAGCUGUUGAGUCUUUCCGUGGCGGGCGACGGUACGGUGGCGUCGGUCGUCCCUCCGGUGACUGUCGUCCUCGAGGGGCGCGCCAUCUGCCACCGCGUCUGCCUGGAGGACCACACGAGCUACGAAAGCUUGGCCAAGGCCCUGCGCCGCAUGUUCGUGGACUCGGACGAGGGAGGGGAGGAGGCGGAGGCGGAGCUGGCGCUGGCCAAUGCGGUACCGGGUCACGUGGUGGCCUAUGAAGACAUGGAGGACGACCUGCUCCUCGCCGGCGAUCUAAACUGGAAGGAUUUCGUCCGUGUGGCUAAGCGGAUUCGGAUAGUCCCGUCGAAGGCUAAUCGUCGGCGACAUUGUGGAAAAAGAGCUGGAAAUCGAGAAACAUAAUCAUCAUAUUUUCUACUAUUAAGCGAGAGAUUUAAACAUCUAAUUUCUCAUUCCUUUUCUGUAUUCUUCUAAAU